UAUUUUUAAUUUGCUUGAAAAUGGGGAAAAAUGUAGAGAAUUGGAUGAAAAUUUUAUAAUUAAAGGAGAUAAUAAAUGCAUAAUUGGGUAAGAGUUGUUUUUGUUUUUUUUAAUUUUUGUAGAAUUACUUUGGAAGCAUUACUUCAGUCACAAUCAAUUCUUAUUUUCUGUCCAACAAAAGCUGAGGCAGAACAAAGCGCUAUUUUGUUGGCUAAAUAUUUAAAAUAUUGUAUAGACAAGGGAGAUGCCAAUCGUUUUCCUGAACUUUCUUCUAUCCUUCCUCGUGAAAAAAUAUCAGAAGCUAUUGAAUAUUUUCGGCAGAAAAAUGCAUGUUCUGAACGUGAUCUUCUUCAAUGUAUUGGUCAAGGUGUUGCUUUUCAUCACGCGGGGUUGACAAUUGAAGAGAGGGAAGUUAUUGAGGCGUUGUUUCGUUCUGGACAUUUACGCGUUUUAGUUAGCACUUCAACUCUCAGUUCUGGUGUAAAUUUGCCUGCACAUCGAGUUCUUAUUCGAACAAGUGCUGGUGGUCCUGUCCCCCUCAGUUUUGUAACUUACAGUCAAAUGGUUGGACGUGCUGGUGAAAGUUAUUUACUCUGUAAUGCCACCGAUUGGUUAGCUGUUCAACGUCAAAUUCAACGUCGUACAUUUAACCGACCUAAACGAACAUUUGGACGUCUUUUACUCGAGACAAUAAACAGCUCUUUAUGCAAAAAUCUUGGCGAUGUAAAUAAUUUAAUAGAAAGUUGUCUUUUUAGUCAACAAGCACGUUCAUUAGACGAAGAAUUAACAUAUUUAAUUCAAUUAAAAGUUAUAACAUUAGGUGGUGAUUCUUUGGCAGAAUUUGAUGAAGAAAAGAGUGAUAGUGACAAUAUUAAUGUUCAAAACCAACCUGAAAUUGGGCCUGAUAAUAGUUUUGAUAAACAAACUACUACUAAAUCUACUUUGGUUCGUCCAACCCAAUUAGGCCGAGCUGUGCUUGCCUCUUCUCUUGAUUUAAGAACAGCACUUCAAGUAUUUGAUGGACUUAAGAAAGCUAUGCAAUCUAUUUGUUUGGAUACAGAAUUGCAUAUGCUUUAUUUGGUCACUCCAGUAAAUAAUUUGGCAAUAAAUGAAAAUUCAAUAAAUUGGAAUUUUUUUCACAAGCAAUGGACUAAGUUGUCAGAGGAACGACGUCGCGUAGCUCAUAGAAUUGGAAUUUCUGAAGAAUUUUUUAUGCAAAAACUUGGUGGGCGGUCAUUUCCUAGGGAUCAUCCUUUAUUAAAUUUACAUGUACGUUUUCUGGCUUCUCUUAUUCUAUACGAACUUAUUAAUGAAAAGGCACUUCAGGAUGUUGCUAAAAUUUGGGGUAUCAAUCGAGGGUUACUUCAAUCUUUACAACAACAGGCAGCUACUUAUGCUUAUAUGAUUGUCUCUUUUUGUGAUCGUCUUGGUUGGGUUCAUUUAAAAACACUUUUGGAUGAUUUUGCUGAACGAAUUGAUGCAAUUCGUGCUAGAGCUUUUCAUAGAAUGGGAAUAGAAUCUCUAGUCUCACUUGCUAAUUGUCCUUUAAUUCGCGUUUGUACUGUAUUGAGAAAAGCUGUUCCGUUUAAAAUAAAUUCUGACACUGAAGGUUUAAAUUCAGAAGAUGGGGAGGAGGAGAAGAACACAUGGCUUCAUGAUGAACCCCCUACUUAUGAACGUGUAGCAGCAAAAACAUUAAUUGAACGCGCAAAAAUUGCCAUUAAAGAAAAGAUCAAAGCCUUCAAAAUUGUCAAUUUCCCUACUUGUAUCUCUAAAAGUGAUGUCAAUUUAUCUCUUCGCUUUGAUACGUCAGUAUUGAGUGUUUUGGACAAUGAUGAUGGAGAAGAUAAAUUGGCAGAAUCUACAGCUGUUGCUGAUCUUUCUAAAAGUAUUUUGGAAGAAGCUUGGCUGUCUGAAGAUGAAAGUAAUAAUAACUCUUCUAAUGCUUUACUUGGUGGUAUUUCUUUGUUGGCAACUACAGAUGAGGAAAGUGCUGUUGAUUCGCUUUGUGAUUCUUUCUCUCCGUUGCGUUUAGAGAAGCCAAUGAUUUCUAAUGAACGUGAAGAUACCAAUAACAAUGCUAAAGAAAAGAAGAUUCCCCCAAUAUUUAACAUUGAAGAUUUUAAAGAAAAUAUUCCUCCAGAAUUUUUAGAAAAUGGAAAAAAGAAAACUUUGGAAAAGGAAAAUAACAAAGAUUUGACUCGUACUGCAAUGAAAAAUAGUUGGGCAUCGAAGGCUUCUGUUUCUUCUAUUAAUACGAAGGAAGUUCCAAAUGCCACAACAAUGCCUUCUUCCCCCUUUCACUCUCCUCGGGCAAAGAAAUUUGCAACAACAAAAGAAAUAAAUUGUGAAUUAAAGAAUAUUAAUUCUAAUAAUAAAAAUUGUAAUAAAAUUAAAACAAAAAUUGAAAAAACAAAAAUGGCUGUAAUAAAUCCAAUUUGUAGUUGUACAUCAAUUAAACAAAUAUUGGCAAUAUUUACUGAAUGUUGGUUAUUAAUUUUGGAUGAUAAUGUCUUAUUAGCUUAUGAUGAUGAUUUUGAUCAAACACUAGUAUUUCAUUCUUUCCCAGUUUCUACACUUCCAGAGAAUUUUUGCAAAAUUUGUAAAAAUUCUUCAACUCUUCUUUUUUCAAUUUUGGAACAUCCACGUAUUCGUAAAUGGGUUUUUUGUGGAUUAGAAUUUUUGAGAAAAUUGAGGGUAUUUUUGCCUGAAUGUAACGAAAAUAAUCAACAAAAAUUAAUUGAGUCUAAAAAUUUGUGGUGUUUACAAACAUUGGAUGUUUUAACAAAUGGAAAUGGCCCUUCUGAAUUACUAGAAUCUAAUUCAAACAUUAAAUCAUUAACAUCUACAAAGCUCUUAAAUAUUCUUGAAAGGUAA